AUGAAUGGGAAACCUCUCUUUGAGUCCUCCAUAUGUGGCGACGGUGUGGCCGCCAUGUCCCAUUCGGAAGCAGACGGACAGAGACCAGAGUACAAGGCCCGGAGGAGCCGCAAGAGAAGCGCGCAGUGCAGCUCUUUGCUGGAGCACGUGGAGGCCGCCCUGGUGCCCAGGGUCUCCAGCCCCACGGACAAAAAGAUUCCCGCUAAGAGAGAAUCCUGUCCGAAUAGCAGCAGAGACAAAGACCAGCUGCUGAAGUACAAUGUCGGGGACCUGGUGUGGUCCAAGGUGUCCGGUUACCGGUGGCCGUGCAUGGUCUCUGCCCACCCGCUCCUGCACAGUUACACCAAGCUGAAAGGUCAGAAAAAGAGUGCACGCCAGUAUCACAUACAGUUCUUUGGUGAUGCCCCAGAAAGAGCUUGGAUAUUUGAGAAGAGCCUUGUAGCUUUUGAAGGAGAAGGACAGUUUGAAAAAUUAUGCCAGGAAAGUGCCAAGCAGGCACCCACGAAAGCUGAGAAAAUUAAGCUGUUGAAGCCCAUUUCAGGGAAGUUGAGGGCCCAGUGGGAAAUGGGCCUCGUUCAGGCUGAGGCCGCCGCGCGCAUGGCGGUAGCCAAGUUUACCUUCCUCUACGUGGGGGACCAGCUCCGCCUCAACCCCCACGUGGCCAAGGAGGCGGGCGUGGCUGUGGAGUCACUGGGAGAAGCGGCAGAGCCCUCAGGAGCUGGGGAAGAAGCUGCAGACAGCCCUAAGUCCUCGGGGGAGGAGGGCGCACCCGUCAAGAGGAGACGGAGGGCCAAACUGUCCGGCUCCGCCGAGAACCUCCCUGGCGACCCAGGGCCGGGGCGGGCCACGCCGCAGAAGACGGCCGAGGCCGACUCCAGGAGGGGUGUGGGGUCCCCGCCCUCCCCGCCCCCCCCCCCCCCCCCGGGCAGGAAGAAGGCCACGGCCCCCAUCCCGAGGAGCAGGAGGGGCGACGCGGCGUUCCAGUUCCUGGUUGCCGAGCACCCGGAUGCAUCUGCCGAGGAGAUCGAAGAGCUGCUCGCGUCGCAGUGGAACAUGCUCAAUGAGAAGCAGAAGGCGCGCUAUCACACCAAGUUUGCGCUCGUGGCUCCACCCCAGUCCGAAGAAGACUCUGGUAACUUAAAUGGGAAGAAAAGAAACCACACAAAGAGGACCCAGGACCUGAGCGAAGACACUGACGUUGAGGAGGCCCCCAGGAAGAGGCUGAGGACCGACAGGCACGGCCUGCGGAAGAGAGAGAUGAUCACUGACAAAACAGCCCCCACGAACUCUUGCAAGGCCCUUGAGGCAGCGUCCUCGCUGAAGAGCCAGGCAGCCACGAAACACCUCUCUGAUGCCUGCAAGCCCCUGAAGAAGCGCCACCGGGCCCCCGCAGCAACCGCCACCACCCUCACCUUUAGCAAAAGCUCGUCUCCUUCCGCGUCCUUAACUGAGAACGAGGUCUCGGACGGCCCCGGAGACGAGCCCCCGGAGUCCCCAGACGAGAGCGCGGACGAAACCCAGACCGAGGCGUCCGUCUCUUCUAAGAGGUCGGAGCGGGGAGCCACAGCCAGGAAGGAGCACGUGUGCCAGCUGUGCGAGGAGCCGGGCAGCCUGGUGCUGUGCGAGGGUCCCUGCUGCGGCGCCUUCCACCUGGCCUGCCUGGGCCUCUCCCGCAGGCCGGAGGGGCGCCUCCUCUGUGGCGAGUGCACCUCAGGGAUCCACUCGUGCUUUGUGUGUAAGGAGAGCAAGAGCGACGUCAAGCGCUGCGUGGUGUCGCAGUGCGGGAAGUUCUACCACGAGGCCUGCGUGCGCAGGUUCCCCCUGACGGUGUUCGAGAGCCGGGGUUUCCGAUGCCCGCUUCACAGCUGCCUGAGUUGCCACGCCUCCAACCCCUCGAACCCAAGGCCAUCGAAAGGUAAGAUGCUACGGUGUGUCCGGUGCCCUGUCGCCUACCACGGAGGGGAUGCGUGUCUGGCCGCGGGCUGCUCGGUGAUUGCGUCCAACAGCAUCAUUUGCACGAACCACUUCACUGCCCGGAAGGGCAAGAGGCACCACGCGCACGUCAACGUGAGCUGGUGCUUCGUGUGCUCCAAAGGGGGCAGCCUGCUGUGCUGCGAGGCCUGCCCGGCGGCCUUCCACCCCGACUGCCUGAGCAUCGAGAUGCCGGACGGCAGCUGGUUCUGCAACGACUGCAGGGCCGGGAAGAAGCUGCACUUCCAGGACAUCAUCUGGGUGAAGCUCGGGAACUACAGAUGGUGGCCAGCAGAAGUUUGCCAUCCCAAAAAUGUCCCCCCAAAUAUUCAGAAAAUGAAGCACGAGGUUGGAGAAUUCCCUGUGUUUUUCUUUGGGUCUAAAGAUUAUUACUGGACGCAUCAGGCGCGAGUGUUCCCGUACAUGGAGGGGGACCGGGGCAGCCGCUACCAGGGGGUCAGAGGGAUCGGAAGAGUCUUCAAAAACGCACUGCAAGAAGCCGAAGCCCGUUUCCGUGAAAUCAAACUUCAAAGGGAAGCCCGAGAAACGCAGGAGAGCGAACGCAGGCCCCCGCCCUACAAGCACAUCAAGGUGAACAAGCCCUAUGGCAAGGUGCAGGUCCACACGGCGGACAUCUCCGAGAUCCCCAAGUGCAACUGCAAGCCCACCGACGAGAACCCGUGCGGCUCUGACUCGCAGUGCCUGAACCGCAUGCUCAUGUUCGAGUGCCACCCGCAGGUGUGCCCCGCGGGCGAGUUCUGCCAGAACCAGUGCUUCACCAAGCGCCAGUACCCCGAGACCAAGAUCAUCAAGACGGACGGCAAGGGCUGGGGCCUGGUGGCCAUGAGGGACAUCAGAAAGGGGGAGUUUGUGAACGAGUAUGUGGGCGAGCUGAUUGACGAGGAGGAGUGCAUGGCAAGAAUCAAGCGUGCGCACGAGAAUGACAUCACCCACUUCUACAUGCUCACCAUGGACAAGGGCCGCAUCAUCGAUGCCGGCCCCAAGGGGAACUACUCCCGGUUCAUGAACCACAGCUGCCAGCCCAACUGCGAGGCCCUCAAGUGGACGGUGAACGGGGACACGCGUGUGGGCCUGUUCGCCGUGUGCGAUAUUCCUGCAGGGACAGAGUUGACCUUCAACUACAACCUUGACUGUCUGGGCAACGAGAAGACCGUGUGUCGCUGCGGAGCCUCCAACUGCAGCGGCUUCCUUGGUGACAGGCCGAAGACGUCGGCACCCUUGUCCUCGGAGGAGAAGGGCAAGAAGAGCAGGAAGAAGGCCCGGAGGCGCCGCAUGAAGGGCGAAGGGAAGAAGCCUUCGGAGGACGAGUGCUUCCGCUGCGGCGACGGCGGCCAGCUGGUGCUCUGCGACCGCAAGUGCUGCACCAAGGCCUACCACCUGCCCUGCCUGGGCCUGGGCAAGCGGCCCUUCGGGAAGUGGGAGUGCCCUUGGCACCACUGUGACGUGUGUGGCAAACCCUCCACUGCCUUCUGCCACUUCUGCCCCAACUCCUUCUGCAAGGAGCACCAGGACGCGGCAGCCUUCAGCCCCACGCAGGAUGGGCGGUCCUACUGCAGCGAGCACGACUUCCAGGCGGAGCCAGCUCGGAGCGCCAAGACCGAGCAGCCCUGCGCGGGGCCCGGCAAGGCCAAGGGGCGGCGGCGGCGGCGGCGGUGUUGGCGCAGGGUCACGGAAGGCAAAUAG